CCAGUAAAUCCGAUCUAGGCCGAGCCGUCUUCCCUCCGACCACGUGAUCCCGCCCAGCGUCCGACACCUUUCGGGGCUGGCUCGCUCGCUCGCUCGCUCGCUCGGGCUCGGCGCGGCGCACCUGGGCUCCGGCAGCGACCCGGCGCCCCGCCUUCCGGACGCGGCGGCAGGGCAGGGCAAGGGCGGGGAGGGCGGGGGUCGGCACGCGUCGGCCGGGGCUGGGAGCCGGCCCGGCAUUGGUGUCUCCCCUCCCGCCGCCCAGGAGCCGCCGCUCCCACGCCUGGAUGCUGGCUCCGGCCGCCGGACUGCUGCGCCUGGCUCGCCCGAGGAGCCCGGCGGCGCUCCGCGGAGACAGCCGCCGCCUGGGCGCGUCCGCGGGGAAGUUCGCCUGAGGCUGCUCCGCUGCUGCGCCUGCCCGUCGCCGCGCCCCGUUGGGGAAGGAUUGCUGCCCCCCCGAGACGUGCCUUGCCCGAGCGCCUAAGAUGAAGAGGGCCAUCGCCGGAGGAAGCAAACUGCUGAUUUUGGUGCUGUGCUUGAACUUCCCAACAGAAGUGGCAUUGUGUCCCGGAGCAUGCGUGUGCUACAGUGAACCCAAAAUCACUAUCAGCUGCCAGCAGCAAGGGCUCGGCACCAUCCCCAUCGAGAUCCCAGUCCAGACUCAGCGGAUUUUCCUACACAACAACCGAAUCAGCCUGAUCCAGUCCACCAGCUUCACUUUCUGCCGCAAUUUGUCCAUUCUCUGGAUCCACUCCAACAACAUUAGUCGUAUUGAACCCGGAGCAUUCUAUGGGCUUGACAAACUGGAGGAGCUGGAUCUCAGUGACAACGUCAACCUGAAGUCCAUUGACCCUUCUACCUUCCAGGGCCUUGUCCACCUGCACACUUUGCACCUUGAUCGUUGCGGACUCCUGGAGUUGUCCACGGGCCUUUUCCGGAGCCUUUUCUCCUUGCAGUAUCUCUACCUGCAGGACAACAACCUGCAGGAGCUUCUGGACGACACAUUUCUGGAUCUGGCUAACCUCACCUAUUUGUUUUUGCACGGGAACAAAAUCAAGAGUUUGUCGGAAAACGUGUUCCGGGGCGUGGUGAGCCUGGAUAGGCUGCUGUUGCAUCAGAACCGGGUGAGCGUGGUGCACCGCCGGGCCUUCCACGACCUCGGGAAAGUGAUGACCUUGUACCUUUUUAAUAAUAACUUGACGGUGCUGACAGGAGAGACGAUGGCGCCCCUGCGGUCUCUCCAGUACCUGCGGCUCAACGGCAACCAGUGGGUGUGCGAUUGCCAGGCCCGCUCCCUCUGGGAUUGGUUCAAGCAGUUCAAAGGGUCUUCCUCGGAACUGGAGUGCCACUUGCCUGCUCACCUGGCGGGGAGGGACCUUAAGCGCCUACUGAGCGCUGAGCUGGAAGGCUGCCUCGACUCCUUCAACCAGAUCCGAACCAGCGUCUUCAGCUCCAAGACCAGGUCCGGCGAGCUGCCCACAGCAGAGCCCACUCUUGGUCCCCAGGACAACUUGCGGAAAUGUUGCCAGCCGGAGAUGGAUAAAUCGUUCAUUUACGAAGCCAAAGCCAAGGGGGGGCCUUCUCACAGCAACCAGGCUUCCCCUAACAAUCCACUCAAAGAUAAGGAAAACAUGGCCAAAACCAAGCACCAAGUCGAGGAGGCAGAACUGCCCAAAAAUGGCAGCAACAAGCACAUCAACGAUUCGCCCUUUGGAACGUACCCCAGUGCGGUCGACCCCCCCUUGACCAACUUGAAACCCGGGUUCCCGGGUCCCGUGGAGCCCUCCACCAGCCCGACCAGAAGGAGGCAGGGAUGUUCUAGAAGGAAUAAGUCCAGGUCCCAGUGCCGCAUGGCACAGCCGGCUCCCAGUGGCAGUCCCAGCCCCCCGACCCUCCCAAGCCUUCUGCUGCCCCCCAUUGUUUGGAGUCUGUUUUGCUUCUCUUGAACUCAAGCCUUGUGGUUUCAGGAGGGGCUCUCGGCUUUCAGAAGGGAAAAACAGGAGGUGUGGGUGGGGGGAAGGCAAAGCUUCAGCCCCAAAGGUUGUGAAGGAGAAGGUGAAGCUAUGGCCAGAGAAAACGUUGUGAUGCUAAACAUUUACUGGAUGCCUUUAUAAACUCUCUCUCAGACACACUCACACACACACACACACACAAAUCAACAACAAUAACAAAAGGGUGUAAAUAAUUUAUUUCUUCCUUCUGGAAUUUUAUAUGUUUGAUUUUGAUGGGUUGAUCUUGCCUUUGUCCUUGGAAUUACCCUUUUCCCAAAGAGAAAGAAAACAAGAGAAAGAAAGAAAAGAAAGAAAAAAAGAAAGAAAGAAAGAAAGAAAGAAAGAAAGAGGAAGGAAGGAAGGAAGGAAGGAAGGAAGGAAGGA